CUGCUGGUCUCACUUCCUGGAGGGAAUCAGGCCAUGGCCUGGAUCCUGCUUCUGCUGCUGUCAGCUGCAUGCCUGCAAGCUGGUAACUCAGCAAGAUCCAACAAAGUAAAUGCCUUUGGAUUCAACCAACCAGCACGCCUCUCUGGUGUCCAGGGCGGCUCCAUCGAGAUCCCCUUCUCCUUCUACUUCCCCUGGGAGUUGGCAGAGGAUCCACAGAUGAGGAUUCUCUGGAGAUGGAAGCACUUCCAUGAGGAAUUUAUCUACAACUCCACCCUACCUUUCACACAUGAGCAUUUCAAGAACCGGCUCAUCCUGAACUGGACACAGCCUCAGACAUCUGGAGUCCUCAGAAUCCUGGACUUGAAGAAGGAGGACCAGACAGUGUACUUCUGCCGAGUUCGUCUGAACACAAAAAAAGGCAUGAAGCAGUUUCAGUCGAUUCCUGGCACCCAACUCACCAUCACUCCUGGUCAGCACAUCCCAGAGCUCUGA